AUGCUUGACGAUUUUGACGACACACCCACGUUUUCUGCAUUAACGGUUUGUAACGUCCCUCGGUCGGGGACGGAUGAGAGUGAUCAUGCCGCGGAUAACCGGGUGCCGAGUCGGGCCGACGGAUAUUGUACGACGGAAGAUGACGCGACGCGAUGUGGAGAGGAUGCCGGAUUGCCGUCCUUGCCGAAGAUUCCUACCGUGCCGUUUGCCGAUCUCGAAGAUGCCAAGCGACAGCGCCGCGACGUAUCCGUGUCCACAUCGGCGGUGGCCGCCCGCGAGCUCCGUCGGAAGAAGAAGCAGCGCGAAGAGACUCUCAUCACCGAGUGCAUGGACCUGAAAGCGGAAGCGGAGACGAUGGAGCGCGACAUGCGGGAGGCGCGCGCCCAACUGGACCGCCUGCGGGAGGACGCGGCCUACCUGCGCAGUCUGGUCAAGUCGCAGCAGUCCGUGGUGGAUUUGCUGCAGUACCUGCAGAACGCCCCCUUCUUCAACAAGGACGGCCGCGCCGAGCAGGGCCUGCGUCUGGACGGGCGCAGUAUCCUGCGGCAGAUCAGCGGCAGCGCCCAGGACGAGAAGACGGCCAAGAAGGAGCAGGCCAAGGAGAUCGGCGGGAUUUGUCUGUACAUCAACGGCUCCAGUAUCACCCUGCAUUUAUGCUCGCACUGCAGCAUGGUGAAGCCGGCUCGAAAUAAUCCGCUGUGA